AUGCAUUUUUGUACAGAACAUCAUUAAUAACCAUUUAAUUUGAUAUGCGUAGCUCAACAUUACUGCUAAAGAAAACUUUGUUAAGAAUGUUAACAUGAGCAUGGUGUUGACUCAAAAUAAAUACUUUCAAUUCAUAAGUUCCAAGAUAAAUUAAAGAAAAGAGUUGAAAAAUUUAAUUUAAUUACUCAGAUUUCUCAACAAAAUUACACUUCACUUCAUUUAAACUUCAAGUCUCUACUUGUAUAAUCUGAAGAGAUGAUAAAAAACAUGUAUCAAAAUCUAACUUAAUCGAUUAAUAAAAUAUUUGAUAUGGUAGAAUAAGAAGAUUAAUAUUAUCAUAAUCUUUUAAGCCAAUUCACUAAUCCUUUAGAAUUAUCUUAUAUUGACAUUAAUAAAUUAGUUUAAAUAUUAAAGGAGAAAACAUUAGAAAAUUGGAAUAGUUAAAAGGAAUAAUAUUUAUCUUAAUUAAACAAAGUUAGAUAAUGGUUAGAUAUUGAAAUGAGUAAUUUUGUUGGAAAAUUUAAUCGAGAUUUAAUAAAAGAUGUAGAAUCCAUAGUAAAGUAUAAUUAUUAUUCAGAAUUAUUUAGAAUAGAAAAAAUAGAAUUAACAGAUGAUUAUUAUUGGUAGGAGGGUAUCAAAGAGUAUGAAUGUUAGCAAUAUACUAAAACUCCAAACAAUGACUUGAUAGCAGUGAAGGCUAAAUUUACUGUUACAAAAACAAAAAAUAAAGAAAUUAUUUACUCAUCUUAUGGGAUGAGUCAAAGAAUGUAAGACUUAGAUUAUUUUAAUAUAUACUUUAGUGAGUAAAUAAAAGAAAUUUCAAAUAAAAAGCCCGAGUUAUUAAGGAAUUUAGAUUAAAUAAAGCAUCUAUAAUGGGUAGGAGAGUAUGGAAGCAAUCAUAAAAAAGUUGGAAAGUGGAUAGUAACAUGGAAGGGUCAAUCUCUAUAUGGUGUUGGAGGAUUAUAUUCUGAUGAUGGUAAGAAGUAAGGGAAAUGGAAAGAAUUAAUACCAAAUUAUUGUGAGUAUUAAAUAAUUAAUAAUUUUAAUAGUGAAGCUUAAGUUUAUGAAUUUGGAGAAUAUGUAAAUGAUGAGAGAAAUGGUAUAUGGAAGUAUAUUUUAUCAACAACAGAAAUGUAUUUUUCAUUUUUAAUAAUUUCUACAAUAGUGGUGGCGGUUUGUACCUAGAAAAUGGUAAAAAAAACGGAUAAUGGAUUGAAUUGAGUGAUAAUUUUUGGAGGUAAAUAAUAAUUUUAUUUUUUCAUUAAAAAUAACUAGCCUAAGUUAAGUCACUUAUCAUGGUCAAUAUUAAAAUGGCAAUAAACUUGGUAAAUGGGAAAUCAAUUAUCAUAAUGAAAUAAUGUAUAUAUAUAUGUGAUAUUGAUAAUUAGUGGGGGAGGUUCAUAUCUAGAAAAUUGUUAUAAGAAUGGUUAUUGGGAAGAAUAGAAUGAUAAUUUUUUUUGGUAUUAAAUUAUAAAUAUUCUUAAGCGAUUGCUAAGUUACUUAUAAUGGUAUUUAUAAAAAGGGGAUUAAAAUUGGUAAAUGGAAUACUAAUUAUAGAUAUAAUUCAGAUUAAUAAUUUGAAUAAAUGUAAAAUUAAAUAAAAUAUAACUAAGCGGUGGUGGAAAUUAUGAUGAUCAUGGUAUAAAAAAUGGUAAGUGGACAGAAUUAAGUGAAAAAUUUUGGAAGUAUUAUAUUAAUAUAUAUAUUCAAAAUCAUUAGUUUAAAUUAAGUUAUUUAUCAUGGUAAUUAUCACAUUGGUAAAAAAUAUGGUAAAUGGGAGGAAUUGGAAAGAAAUAAGUGGAUGAAACAUGAAGGAUUUAAAAAAAUGUAAAAUAAAUUUAUGAGUAUUAAUAGUGGAGAAUAAAAGUAUGAAGAUUAAUGUGUUAUUUUUUGA